CAAGGAGUUCGAAUGGUUGAGCGAGUAUAUAGGGAGGAAUUUCAAAAGUGGUUCGCAACGAAGGUAUUUAAAUUUUGGUUAAUUAUUUACAUAAAUUUAAAUACAAAAAUUUUGUUGCCUUUUUUUCAAAUUUAAUUUAAUAGGUAGGAAAAAUGCACGAAGAAAAGGUUGCAACAUUGCAUCCUUCUAUGUUGACUUUAUCUCGAGAACCCGACAAACGAGUCUUGCACUUCACAGGAUAUUGCAUAAAUGGUUUUAGAUUCCACACGCGAAAGCAUGAAGCGACCAAGACAGGUCAAAAUAGCGGAGUAAUGGUACAACGUGAAGAUGCCGUUAGAAUUCCUUACUAUGGCGUCAUCAAAGAUAUCAUAGAGCUUCGCUAUACCGAAGGCCUUCGUGUGGUGUUAUUUGAAUGCGAGUGGUACGACACGACGAGAGAAGGUUUAGGCUACAUGAGGGAUGGCCACAGCGUGGUGACCCUUAAUACGACACGUAAGUGCCAUGCCGAUGAAUCGUAUGUUAUGGCGAGUCAAACACUUCAAGUGUAUUAUGUGCAGUGCGUCAGAAAUCGAGAUUGGUACACGGUGAUUGAGACAAGACCGAUAAAUUUCUAUAAUCUAGCCGAGGAAGAAGAAAUUCUCGAAGAACAUGCGUACCAAUAAGACGCAAUUAUCGAUGAUCCUCGAAUAAUCGAGGAUAACAGAUACGAUAAUAACUUGAGUUUGACUAGACCGGGUUAUGAAGAUUUUAUUUAGACUUUUGUUACAAUUAUACGGUGACACUUUGUUUUAGACUUACUCUUAUUUCGUUAAGUUCAAUUAAUAAUUGAGGAUUGC